AGAAAUUAUAUUUUAAUGUUUGGUAAAGUGAAAAGAAAUAAGAAUGUGAUUUAGUAAAAUAUUAGUAAAAAGAAUAAGAAAGAAUUGAAAGCAUAGAGAAAAUGGGAAUAAGAUGAAGAACGCAUAAAAGGUUUGAUAAUUUAAGAAUUAAGGAUCGAAAUUCAGAUUAUUAAAUGAAUAUAUGUAUACGGUGAAUAGUGAGGAAGCAUAGAAACAUUUUAAACAACAUCCAGAAGAAUUCAAAAUUUAUCAUACGGGAUAUGCUUAAUAAAUAGAGAAAUGGCCUGAAAGUCCUGUUGGGAAUAUUAUAAAAUUAUUGAGAGAAAGUCAAUAAUUUUAAAAUAGAAAUUUGUAAAAAUAUAGUGUUAAUUUUGGAUUAGAGUGAUUUCUGAUUUAGGUUGUGGUUAAGGGGAGAUUUAGGAGCAUUUUGAGAAGGAUAAUAGAUUGAGUAAACUAAUAACAGUCAAAAGUUUUGAUUUUGUUAGAUUGAAACCAUAUAUCAUAGAGACAGAUAUAUCUAAUUUACCUCUAGAUGAUUGUAGUUGUGAUGUGGCUAUUUUUUCUUUGUCUUUGAUGGGAGUAAAUUAUUUGGAUUAUUUGGGGGAGGCAUUUCGAAUCUUAAAGAAAAAUGGACACUUGAUAAUAGCUGAAGUGAAGAGUAGGAUGAAUACAAUAGAUAAUUUUGUUAAUUUAGUUACAGGGAUGGGAAUGAAAAUUUAAAAAAGAGUAAUUUAAUAAAUUAUAUGAAUAGGAUGAACAUAAUAGUCAUUUUGUAUUAUUUGUUUUUGAAAAGAUAAUGGAUAUUUGUCAAUUCAAUGGUCCUUUGAAUUAAAAAAGAGUACAAUAAAUUUUGGGUCACAAAGAUGCAAAUUUGAAGGAUUGGCAAUCAUUAGGAAAGUAGAUAUUACAACCCUGUGUUUAUAAAAAGAGAUGA